AUUGACAAAAUGGUUGACCAUGUGGAAGAAAAUCGUGAGGCAUCGAAGAAAAAAUCUAAGAAGCCCAUUGAAAGCGGGAUAAUCUAUCUAAGCAGUAUUCCUACGCUUAUGAAUGUUACCAUACUGCGACGUUACUUUGAAGUUUUUGGCGAAGUUGGCCGAAUUUUCCUUCAGCCAAAUGUAAAAGCCAAGAGCAGGGGCAAGAGAGGAAGGGUUUUCUCCGAAGGCUGGGUGGAAUUCAAAAACAAGAAGAUAGCAAAGUCAGUUGCGGCUUCACUGAACUGCAUGCCUAUUGGGGGUAAAAAGAAAAACAAAUGGCGAGAAGAGCUGUGGAAUAUUAAAUACCUUCACAGAUUUAAGUGGGCCCAUCUUAAUGAGAGACUAGCAUAUGAAAAGGCAGUACAUUCUCAGCGAAUGAGAGCUGAAAUCUCACAAGCCAAGCGUGAGGCCAAUUUCUAUGUCCAAAAUGCAGAAAAGAAUGAAAGACUUAAGAAAUUGGCCAAAAGAAAAUUGAAAGGUGACAAGAAUGAAAAAGUACAAGAAAGUGGAAUAGACCAAGAUUCAAGUUUUGCUGAAAGUGAAAGGAUUUAUAAAGUCAGGUUAAAGGAGACUGAUGAAGAAAUAAUGAAGAAAAAGAGAUUAAAAGAGGCAAAAGACAGCAAGAAAACCAGAAGAAAAAAUCUGAACAGUGAAGAAAUGCAAGGCGAUGAACUGUCAAAACAGAAAUCUUUUUUGACAAAAAUAUUUUCAGCUGGUGCUGGCGCAGAUAGUGAACAAGAGGAUGAUUAAACAUGAAUUCAAGUUAAGAGCCUCAAUGUUGUCCUAUUUCCAGUCUUCAGAGGUUGUCAGGAAUAGAGUGAAGUGUCACUUGAUGUGUAUUGGGAUGAAAGUUUCAUAUUGUUGUUGUUUUUAAACUGUUGUCAAUAUUUUUUGAAUUCUUAUUUAUAUAGAUAUUAAACAAACAAGACACAUU